AUGGCACUUCUCGGCGGUCUUUGGGGAUUGACCUCCGUCGGCCGAUUGGAAGAUCCCGCUUUCACAAUCAAGGAAGCCCAGGUUAUCACCGGCUAUCCCGGGGCAACCGCGGCCGAAGUGGAAAAUGAAAUCACAGAGGUUCUGGAGACGGCCAUUCAGCAGAUGCCGCAGCUUGACCAGAUCCGUUCCGUCUCCGAACCGGGCCUGUCGCGCAUCAGUGUGGAAAUCAAGCCGACAUACGACGGUUCCGAGCUGCCGCAGGUCUGGGACGAACUGCGCCGCAAGGUUGGGGAUGAAGUUCGCAAUCUGCCGUCAGGUGCGGGGACGCCACUUGUCUAUGACAGUUUCGGCGACGUCUACGGUCUGUUUUACGCGUUCACCGCCGACGGAUAUACAAAUCGCGACAUUCGCGACACGGUCAAGCGUAUCAGGCGCGAACUCUUGGCUGUGACCGGUGUCGGCAAGGUCGAGGUCGCCGGCGAACCCGAUGAUGUUAUCUAUCUGGACGUCGAUCAGGACAAGAUGGCGGGUCUCGGGAUCUCCAUGACCGAUAUUGUCGGUGUCCUUGACGCGGAAAACCGUAUUCAAACCAACGGUUCGGCCGUUUCGGGCCAGUCACGUAUACGCCUGAUGACACCGUCUGCAUUCGACGAUUUCCGCGGGAUCGAGGACCUUGUCGUCGGGCGCCCGGGUUCAACCGCGAUGAUACGUCUGUCCGAUAUCGCGACCCUGGAACUCGGAGAGCCGGAGCGGCCCGUUAGACUGAUAAGUCAUAACGGUCAUGAGGCCGUUACCAUCGGUGUUUCCCAGGUUGACGGAACAAAUAUCGUCGAUGUCGGUGACCAGGUCAUUGCAAAACUUGCGCAAAUCGAAGCGCAGUUGCCCAUCGGUAUGCAGAUCCACCCGAUAUACGAACAGAAUGUCGUGGUCGACGCCUCGGUAAACGGCUUUAUCCUGAAUCUGGCUGCCUCGGUCGUUAUUGUGAUCGGUGUGCUCGCGCUUUUCAUGGGAUGGCGCGCGGCCGUGGUGGUGGGCACCGUUCUUUUGCUCACCGUUAUGGCAACCGUCCUUUUCAUGCGUAUCUUUGCCAUCGAAAUGGAGCGGAUCUCUCUUGGAGCCCUGAUCAUUGCCAUGGGCAUGCUAGUUGACAACGCCAUUGUCGUGGCGGAAGGCAUGAUGAUCAACAUGCAGCGGGGCCAGAAGGCGAUAGACGCGGCCAGCCGCGUGGUCAAACAGACGAUGUGGCCGCUGCUUGGUGCGACGGUCAUCGGCAUCAUGGCAUUCUCGGGAAUUGGUCUUUCUCCGGAUGCGACCGGUGAAUUCCUGUUUUCGCUUUUUGCGGUGAUCGGAAUCUCGUUGUUGUUGUCCUGGGUCUUUGCGGUCACGGUCACGCCGCUGUUCGGGAAGUACUUUUUCCGUACCGCAAGCGGCAACCUGGAUGAUCACGACCCCUACAAGGGAAUUCUCUAUACGAUCUACCGCGGAUUUCUGGUCGGCACACUGCAUGUCCGUUUGCUGACCGUCCUGGCACUUGUUGGCAUCACCGUUGCCUGCGUCAUGGCGUUCGGAAACGUGAAACAGGCAUUUUUCCCGGACAGCAACACACCGAUCUUUUACGUCCACUACUGGUCGCCCCAGGGGACUGAUAUUCGUGCGACCGAAGCGGAUCUCAAGGACAUGGAAGAAAUCGUUCUGGAAGACGAACGGGUCGCCACAGUCACCAGUUUUGCCGGUGGCGGUGCGACCAGAUUCAUGUUGACCUACGCACCUGAGGACGCAAAUCCGGCCUAUGGUCACAUGCUCAUACGGACCAACAGCCGGGACGACAUUGACGUGCUGGCUCUCGAUCUGCGUGCAAAGUUCGCUGAACGUUUUCCAUCUGCCCAGAUCAUCACCAAACGUCUUGUGUUCGGACCUGGCGGCGGCGCCAAGCUGGAGGCCCGGUUCUCCGGUCUCGAUGCAAAUGUUCUCAAACGUCUGGGCGACGAGGCGAAAGCGAUUUUCUUGUUGCCGCAGAACAAGCUUGCAGACGUCAAUACGGAUUGGCGCCAACGCGAACUCGUGGUUCGUCCCAUAUUCGACGAGGAUCGGUCACGCAUCUCCGGUGUCACCCGCGAAGAACUAUCGCUUUCGCUGCAAUUCGCGACAGAAGGCGUUCAGGUCGGCUCCUAUCGUGACAUUGACGAAAGUAUUCCGAUUGUCGCCCGCAAGGCAGGCCCGGAAGGUAUCUCGGUCAACGAAAGCGUGUCGGACUCCCUGGUCUGGAGUGCCGGUCAGCGUCGGUACGUUCCGAUCGAUCAGGUCGUGAGCGAGUUCACCAUGGAGCCGCAGGACACACUCAUCAAUCGUCGCGACCGGGUCCGGACGCUGACAGUCAAGGCGGAAACGACUGCGGGCGAAACGGCUACGGCGGCGCUCGCGCGGGUGCGUCCUCAGAUUGAGGCGAUAUCGCUGCCGCCCGGUUAUUCGCUGGAAUGGGGCGGUGAAUACGAAAGCACGAACGAUGCACAGGCUUCCCUGGGCGCGCAGUUGCCGCUCGGGUUCCUGGUUAUGCUGAUCAUCUCGAUCCUGUUGUUCGGCUCGGUACGUCAACCUCUGAUCAUCUGGCUGAUGGUGCCGAUGUCCAUAAACGGAGUUGCGAUCGCAUUGCUGGCAACCGAUACACCUUUCGGCUUCAUGUCGCUUCUCGGGUUUCUUUCGCUCUCCGGAAUGCUGAUCAAGAACGCGAUCGUUUUGCUUGAAGAGAUUGACAGGCUCAUUGAAGAAGGCCGUGAGAAAUAUGCUGCAAUUGUCGAAGCAAGCGUUUCGCGUAUGCGUCCCGUGAUGCUGGCCGCAGUUACGACAAUUCUCGGCAUGGCGCCCUUGCUUUCCGACGCGUUUUUCCGGGGCAUGGCUGUGACGAUCAUGGGGGGACUGGCGUUUGCAACGAUACUGACGCUGAUCGCAGCUCCGGUGCUGUACGCUCUGUUUUUCAGGGUACGCCCGCCCAAAAAGGCUGACACCAUGAGUGAUCAGGUACCGGCCCCGGUCACGGCUGGGUAG